CUUGUGUGCUUUGUGCUUCUGCAGGAAAACUGCGGCCCUACAGCAUCUGCUGGUCCUCGGGGGCAUGGCCAGCAGGGCUGGGCAGCUUGGAGCAUCCCUGGAGCUCCCAUCUCCACUGCCUCAUCCCACAGAGAAGGAGGGACCUGCUGGGCACUGUCCCUACAGCCCUUCCCAGAGCCCUUUCUUUGCCCUCCCCAUCAGUGCACAGCUCCAGGACCAAUUCAGCAAUCAAUCACCAUUUUUCUUAAUGCCUUUUAAAAAAAGGGAGUUACCCCCUGCUCUGAGCAACCUUCCAACCUGCAUGAAAACACCUCGGAGCUCUCACUGCUAAUUCCUGCAUGGAGGAAAUCCAAAGCAUUUGGAGAGGCAGAUCUGGGGCCUUGGGAGCAGCAGGGCUCAGAGCCCACCAUGGCCUUCCUGCUCAGGAUUGAUGCAGGGAACAAAGCCCCACCUAAGCACCACGGCUGCCAUCCAGGGCUGAUGGAGGAUGGAAAAAUCCCCCCAAAACGCCAAGAAGCUCUUGGAAAAGAAAAGGCCAUGAAUAAAUACAGCUGGGGAUUUACAGGCCAGCACUCCAGGUUGGAUGUGGGCGCCUUCUCCGGUGUGCUGCCAUCAUGAGAAGGUUUAAGGUCCUGAUUUUAUGGGUGCCUAAAUAAAUACAUGGAGCUAAUAUAUCACAAUACAGGGCAUAUUCAUCUGCCUUGCAGGAGUGGGAUAGAAUCAGAUGGCAGUGUCUCUCUCAAGGCCAGCCCCGCUGUAAUUCAUGCCCCGAGGCAGCAGCCGAGGGGAGGAGGAGGAGGAAUUCUGCAGGCAGCAAUAUUGAUGGGCUACUCCCAGAAGCUUUGUUUUAAUUAAUUUUCAGAGCACUCCUUGCAGUGGAUCAGGCAGUUCUUUCAAAGCCUCCUGCCUGUGCUCUUGUGCAGGGUCUGGGGCAGGGGGUGAGCCUGGGAGCCCCCUGCUCUUUGAGCCCCCAGGUUUUUUGUUAAACAGUGCAGAAGCAGUUCUGUUUUUAAACAAGGAGACUUCCCCCUGGCCAAGAGGCCUCUGAUGGCCAUGGCAUGGGCAGGUGAAUUUGCCCCAGCUUUUCUCUUCCCCUUUUUAUUGACUUUGUGCCGGUUCCUGCUGCCAGGGGUCAGAGGGGCGUUGGCUGGACUUUGCCAAAAGUCCACCCCAGGCAUGUGGCUCGCAGGUGCUGACGCAGAGCCCUGCCCUGAGAUACGAGGGGACUGAAGAGCAGCUCUGCAGCCCAGUCGGGUGUGUGGUGGUGAGGCAGGAACGGGGCUGUGCCAGCUCCAAAGCUUUCCCUGAGUAAGCAGGUUUGGGAACCUGAACUGCAUUUGCCCUGCGAGCAGCAAGGUGACAGCAGCAGCCACAGCUCGGUGCCGAAUCUGGGCUGACCUGGCUGACAUGACGGGACCUGUCCCCAUCCAGCACGCCAUGGCAAGUGACACGGAGCCCUCCAACGCCAUCAAACUGCUGCACCUGCUCGUCCUCUCCACCUCCUGGGGAAUGCAGGUCUGGGUGACCUUCGUGGCCGGGUUUGUGAUGAGCAGGCACCUCCCUCGCCACACCUUCGGCUCCAUCCAGCGCGAGCUCUUCCCCUACUACUUCCACAUCAGCUCCACCUGUGCCUUCCUCAGCCUGACCCUGUUUGCCAUGUCCCACCCCAGCGAGCAGCUCAGCCAGGAGCACAAGACCCAGACCAUCAUCUUCCUCGUGUGCAUCACCGCCUCGGUGCUGAACACGCAGUGCUUCGGGCGGGCGGCCUCGGAGCUGGUGGCUGAGCUGCAGCGGGUGGAGCAGAGCCACGGGCUGGGGCAGGAGCUGGGGCUGGCAGCCAGGGAGCCCCGCCGGCAGCUCCGCGCCUCCGACCCCGCGUACCGGCGCCUGGCGCGCAGCUUCGCCCUGCACCACGCUCUGUCCUCGCUCUGCAACCUCCUGUGCAUCCUGUGCAACGGGCUGAGCCUGCGGCACCUGGCUGCCCAGCUCUCUGCCCUCUGAGGGCGCUGCCAGCUGCUGGCUGCACAGUGCCCAGCCCCUGCUGCCUCGCUGCAAAGCAGCCCCGGCUCUGGGCACCAAACUGCAGCAUCCUCGGGUGGAGACUCUCGCUGUGUUGAAAUUUAGGAAAUGUUUUCUCUAGAGCUGCCUGCAGCCAGCCUCUGUGAUGGAAGCAGGGGUGUUUUAUGGCUGAACAGCUUUCUAAUGCCCCACGUCUAAAGCUACAGUGUGCUUUAGCCAUUUUACAUUCCUGCGGAAGAGAAAGAAACGAGAGACUGAGAAUUACUUCUGAUUAAAAGCCAAACACUAAUACAGAAGUCCAGAAGACCCUGCCUGUUAAUGUAAUGGAUAAAGGUGUUAUGUUGGGGUUCACAA